GCGUCGGUCACGUGGUGAGGGUGUGGGAGAGGGAUCCGCUCUAGCCCCCGGGAGUCUAUGGUGAGGCCUGCCGCGUCCGGCCCCUCGGGACCGAGUUACCCUGCAUGGCUCCGCCGGGGCCGGCUCCGGUGCCUAGAUAACGGUCCGUCCCCGCCCCACGCGGCGCAGCCCCCAGCGCCGGAGGAGGCCCAGGAUGGACAUUCCUCGGUAUGAACCCGUGGCCGAGAUUGGCGUUGGUGCCUAUGGGACGGUAUACAAGGCCCGCGACCCCCACAGCGGCCACUUCGUGGCCCUCAAGAGUGUGAAAGUCCCAACAGGAGGAGGAAGUGGGGGCGGCCUGCCUGUCAGCACUGUCCGGGAGGUGGCCCUCCUGAGGAGGCUGGAGGCCUUUGAGCAUCCCAAUGUUGUCCGGCUGAUGGAUGUCUGUGCCACUGCCCGAACUGACCGAGAGACCAAGGUGACCCUGGUGUUUGAACACGUGGACCAAGAUCUGAGGACGUAUCUGGACAAGGCCCCUCCGCCAGGGCUGCCCUUGGAGACCAUUAAGGACCUAAUGAGACAGUUCUUAAGAGGCCUGGACUUUCUUCAUGCCAACUGUAUUGUCCACCGUGACCUGAAGCCAGAAAACAUACUUGUGACCAGUAGUGGAACAGUCAAGUUGGCUGACUUUGGCUUAGCCCGGAUCUACAGCUGCCAGAUGGCACUAACACCUGUGGUAGUCACGCUCUGGUAUCGGGCCCCUGAGGUUCUCCUGCAGUCAGCAUAUGCAACACCUGUGGACAUGUGGAGUGUUGGCUGCAUCUUCGCAGAGAUGUUCCGUAGGAAGCCUCUCUUCUGUGGAAACUCUGAAGCUGACCAGUUAAGCAAAAUCUUUGACCUGAUUGGGCUCCCAGCAGAAGAUGAUUGGCCUCCUGAUGUUUCUCUGCCCCGAGGAGCCUUUACUCCAUGCAGUCCCCAGCCUUUACAGUCUGUUGUGCCUGAGCUGGAGGGACCUGGAGCACAAUUGCUACUGGAAAUGCUGACCUUUAGCCCCCACAAACGAAUCUCUGCCUUCCGAGCUCUGCAACACACUUACCUACAGACAGCUGGGGAAGGGAAUACAGAAUGACCACUGGAGAGGCUGUAUCCAGGACCAAUACAGAAAAAGAAGAAGAGCUAUCAUUUCCCCUCCCCACGGACACUAGGAUCACUCCUACUGCCACCAUGCUGUACAGCAUCACAAGGCAGGAGGGAGAAUAUGAUCCUCCACACACAUACCUUUCCCAAAUCCUUAACCAUUUUAAACAAAAUAUUCUACUGCCUUAAUGACAUUCCCUUUACCACCAGUGGCCUUUGUGAGACAUCUCUCUGCCCUACCCUAACCCCCUAGGUUUUGAUGGGGGUGAAGGGGGAUUAUACAGGGGGAAAAAAAAACAACACGAAGCUGGUCUGGUUUUUA